CUUUCGCGCUUGUGUUGACGUAGCAGGAAGUAAACUUGGCAUGUCGAUAGGGGAGGUUCUUUUGAAGUGAAACUGGGCAGUCUAUAUAUGAUGUGAUGUGAUGGGUGUCCAUGGUCUGACCAGCUAUGUGGAGGGUAACAGGGGCUUGUUCCAGGACGUCAGGUUCAGAGACAGCAGACUUGUGAUAGAUGGCUGUAGUCUGUUCUUCAGGCUCUAUCUAAACCAUGGACUGGAUCAGGCACACGGAGGGGACUACGAUGCCUUCGCUGCCCUACUGUCUACCUUCAUCUCUGCACUGGAGGCCUGCAACAUACUGCCUUAUGUGGUGCUGGAUGGCGGCAUGGACCCCAGUGAUAAGAAGCUGUCCACCCUGAGGCAGCGGCUGCAGAGUAAGAUCCAAGAGGCUGAGUCUCUGUCCCGGGGCCGACACGGCUCCGUCCUCCCCCUCCUCACAAGACACGUCUUCAUCCAGGUCCUCUCCCAGCGAGGUGUCCCGUUGGUCCAGUGCCCCGCCGAGGCAGACUGGGAGAUUGCCUGCCUGGCCAAUCAGUGGGGCUGUCCAGUUCUGACCAAUGACAGUGACUUUUACAUCUUUGACUUGCCAGGUGGUUAUAUUCCGUUCCGGUUCUUCCAAUGGGCCAAUGUUAGUGGUUCACCUCCAAAUCACUACAUCCCAGCCAGACGCUACACGGUCAGUGGGAUGUGCCAGCACUUCAGGGGAAUGAACCGGGAACUUCUGCCGCUGUGUGCUGUCCUGGCAGGGAAUGACUACACCACAGAACAAACCUACAAACACAUACACACACUCCUCCCUCAGCUAACCACGGGAGGGAAGAGGGGAGGCAGAGGCAGAGGGAGCCCAUCCCAUAUAGAGGGCCUCCUUCUCUGGCUCUCCUCCUUCCCUGGACCUGAGGAGGCUCUGGAGGAGGUGGGGAGACUGACAGGAGGAGUAGAAAGAGGAGGAGGAGAGAGAGGGAGAGGAGGAAGGGGGAGAGGAAGAGCAGGGAGAGGAGGAGAGAUGUCCGGCCUGUGUUCUGUGCUCUGGUCAGGCAUGCAAGAGUACCAUCUGACCCCUCAGAGCCGUCUCUCUACCUGGUUCUCUGGAGGCUCAUCCAGGUCGCCAGAGGGGCUGUGGGCCACUACUCCCUGCCCGCUGCCAGAGUGGCUGUGCUGGGCCGCAGGGAGCGGGGCGAUGGCCCCCCUGGUGCUGGAUGUCCUGGAGCUCAGGAGGGUGCUGCUUAUCCCUCAGGUGGAGAACAGCCGACUACCCAGCAGCCACUGCAGUGCCACGGCCAUACGACAGGCCCUCUACGGGAUCCUACUGGCCAAUCAGGAGCAGGGGGAGAGGGGAGAGACAGGGUGGGGAGAGGGUCACAGGGUCCAGAGACAAGGUGGACAGGAGACCCAGGUAGAGGGACAGGGAGAAAGGGGGAGGGGAGGAAGGCAGUGUGGAAGGAGGGGAAGGGGCAGAGGGCAGAAACAGGGAGUGGGUCAGGGGGGUGCAGAGCCUUCCUCAGGCAGUGGUCAGGUGAGAACAACGCCCCUAGCGCUGUGGAGAGUGACAGACUGCCAGGUGGAGCCACGGACCCCUGGAACCAGGCUACACCUUGAGACACUCUGCCAGGCUCCUGUGUCAGUGCGGCUGGGAGUGCUGUAUGAUGUUCUGGGGGUGAAGGAGUCCUCUCUGUCCCCCCUACCUCUUCACCUUAGGCUGGCCCUUGGAGUGACUGGGUUCUGGAGGAGAGAGGCCAGACCUUUUCCCUCUCUACCCCAGGUACAGGCUCUGCUGCUGGGCAUGGUCCAUGGAGAGAUGGCCCGGAACACUCAUCCUGGACAGAAGCAGAACACAGCCGCAGAACAGAACCUGUGGAUGAAGCUUCGCCUGCGGCCAGGAGAUAGGCGGGGUUUUGAUGUGGGCGUGGCUCAUUCCCUCAGCCAAUGGCAGGCCUGCCUGUGGAGUGUGCUCAGUCUGAACCAGCUGCUGUGUCUGCCCCUGCCUGAACCAGACACAGCAUGGUUAUUCAGUGGUAGUCUGGUCCAUGGUUUGGUUGGCCGUCUGAGAGGGGGUUGUUCUCCUGAGUCUGUUCUGGCUGCAGCUCCUCUCUCUGGGCAUAUCUACCGCUCCCUACUGGCUGCUCUGGAGAACUGCACGCUAAAUACACUACCAUCAGGGAGGAGGAAGAGGGGGAGAGGAGGAGGAGGGAGAAGGGGAGGAGCCCCUUCCUCCCAGGAGAUAAACAACAGGUUUGCUCUGCUGAUGACUGAGGAAGAGGAUGAAGAGUGAGGAGACUACUGUAGGUUCUUUCUAGUCAACAUGGUGCUCAUAAAUAAACAUUCCUCUUUUCACAGCUUAGAGAGAAAGAGAGUGGGAUGAAAAGAAAGAGACGGCCUGUGGUAUUGGUACACUAUUUUAGGAAGCAUUAAUUCAUUGAUUUAAACCCACUCAGGGAAUGCUGCGUUUCAAUGGCAAUUCUAAACAAUUAACAUUUCUAAUGAAACUCUUCCUUUUAAUUAGGACAUAUAAAGUAUGUAUACGUAUGGCCUUCAUGAGGCCUUUACGGCAGCGAAUGCCCUCUUAACAAGCAGCUGAUGUCACCUUGUCAGCAUAUGAGUCUACACAAAACAUUGAGCCUUUGAACUGUUUUUAAUAAAAUGUGUAAACUCAA